AUGAAAAAUUUUCUUGAGAAAUACAUAGGCAAUGAUUAUAGUAUUCGAAUGAAUAAUAUAUCAUAGAACCAUGGUAUAUAGAUAAAAAGAUAUUAAUUAGAAUAUCAAUUAAACCAAUAUAAAUGUUCUUCUCCAGUAAUAUUUGGAAAUAGAUUUGCAUCACCUUCUCCAUUUAGAUCAGUUACUCCAAUUUAAGGAUAAUUAUCUCCAGUUAAUCAAUCUAGAAGAGAGAGUGCAUUUUCAAGGAACUCUGAUAACUAUGAUUUUUCAGUUAAAGAAAAAUCAAAAAUUAUAAAUAACCCAAUAAUUCAACAGUAUCUGAAACAGCAAGAAUAUUAAGAUGAAUAAGAAUGCAAUAUAGAUUAUUUUUUUGAUAAAGAAUAAAUAAUUAUUGAAGAAUAAGAACUUUUACAUGCAAAGCUUAGAAUGAUUAGAGAUGAUUUAAACUUUAAAAUAUAACAAUUAGAAGAUUGUAAUUAAUUAUCUAAGUUUUAAGAGAAUACCUUCGAGAAAGAUAAUCAAUUCUUUAAAAUUUAUUAAUUUCAAUAAAGGAAGAGAAAGAUAGAUUCAAUGAGCUAUCUAAAUAAAAGAAGAGAAAAAAUAAAUAAAUUGAAUUACAUGCAAGAACUGAUUCAAUUCAUAAAUAAGAUUCUAAAAAUGAUUCAUAACCAAUUUAAUAAGAAAUAUAGAGAGCAGUUAGUUAAAUGAAAGAAUAAAGAGUAGAUUCUAAACUUGAAAAAAGAGAUUGUUUUGAUAUUAGACGAGAUUCUCGUUAUGAAUCUAUUAAUGAUUAUAGUUCUCAUCAUCAUCGAAGAGAAUCAUCUUAUAAAACAACUAAAUUAAGAGAAUCUAGAGUAAAAAGAGAAGAAUCUAUUAAAUGUGAUUCUAUUAAAGAUGAUUAACCUUUAAAGAGUGCAUUAAAAAAGAAAGAUUCAAAUAGAUAAACUUAAAAUUGUUAAGAUGAUUCUUCAGAUGAUUGGAAAUUUAUUAAACAAGCUAAAAAUAAUUUAGAAAAAUAAAAAACAUAAUUAGAUGACAAAUAAUCUCCAAAUAAAGUUAGAUUUGUUAAUUAAGAGAAAUCAUCAAAAAAAUAAUAAUAAGAAAAGAUUAUUAAAUAAAAAUAUUUAAAUGAUAUAGAUAUAUUUUUAAAAUGUAGAUAUUGA